GAAUCGUCUGCAAAAAUGGCUCAGCUGACAGCUGCUCCUCUCAGUGCGCUAGUUGAUGAGCCAGUGCACAUCCAAGUUACAGGCCUGACUCCCUUCCAGGUCGUGUGUCUUCAGGCAUCAUUGAAAGAUGAGAAGGGGAACCUGUUUGAGUCUCAGGCCUUCUACAAGGCCAAUGAAGUUGGAGAGGUAGACUUGGAGCGAGAUGCCUCAGUUGGAGGAGACUAUGUGGGUGUCCAUCCCAUGGGUCUUUUAUGGUCCUUGAAACCUGAAAAGCUCUUAACUAGACUAGCAAAAAGAGAUGUGAUGAACAGCCCCUUCCAAGUCCAGGUAAAAGUUUGUGACCCUUAUUUUCCAAUAAAAAAUGUAGUUCCCGGUGCUCCGAAGGACAGCCUGACUUUGGAAAGGUGGUAUGUGGCACCUGGUGUCACGAGGAUCCAGGUUAAGGAAGGCCGCCUUCGUGGAGCCCUCUUUCUCCCUCCAGGAGAAGGUCUUUUCCCAGGAGUCAUUGAUCUGUUUGGGAGUGCUGGUGGACUGAUUGAAUUCCGGGCCAGUCUCCUGGCAAGUCAUGGGUUUGCAGCCUUGGCCCUGGCUUACUGGGGCUAUGACGACCUGCCCCCUCUAUUGGAGAAGGUGGAUCUAGAGUACUUUGAGGAAGCUGUGGAGUUUCUCCUGAGACAUCCUAAGGUCCUCGGCCCUGGUGUUGGGGUAAUUUCUGUAUGUAAAGGAGCAGAGGUCGGACUCUCUAUGGCUGUUAACUUAAAAAAUAUCACAGCCACUGUACUUAUUAAUGGGCCUAACUUUGUCAUUGACAUUCCACAUGUGUAUCGUGGUCAGAUCAACCCGCCCACACCUACCAAUAUAGAGUUUACAUCCUCCAGUGCCUUGGGAUUCGCAGAGUUUUAUCGAACUUAUGAACAAACUGGAGAUGUGGAUAGCCGAUAUUGUUUUCCCAUUGAGAAAGCUGAGGGACAUUUCCUCUUCGUCGUUGGAGAAGAUGACAAGGCUCUCAAUAGCAAAGCACAUGCUCUGCAAGCUACAUCACAGCUGACGAGAAAUGGGAAGAAGAACUGGACCGUGCUGUCUUACCCUGGGGCAGGCCACCUGAUUGAGCCUCCCUACUCCCCGCUCUGCUGUGCCUCAAGAAUCCCCUUUGUGUCCCCAAACAUCCACUGGGGAGGAGAGGUUAUCCCACAUGCAGCUGCACAGGAGCAUUCGUGGAAGGAGAUCCAGAGCUUUCUCAAGAAGCAUCUCAUUCUGGACGUGACCAGUCAGCUCUGAGAAGACUUGAUAUUCCUGGGGAAAAGAGAAGCCAAUCUUAUUAGUAACUUCUCUGGUUUUUCACACAGGAAUGUCUUUGAUCUCUUAUUGUAAGAAGGAGGUUACCACAAGAACAAGAUGGGAGGACUGAGGAUGACAGUGUAUUGAGAUCUGAGAGGGAAAAUGUUUUCCAUUUAAUGAAAUAUCGUGCUGUGAGAUUCCUGUAUCUGUGUAAAUAGAAUUUCAGCUCUAGCUGCCCUGAAAUAUUUAUCAUCAUAGCCAUUCUCAGUAAUAACAAUUGUCUAAGGAAAAAAAUGACCAAUUAUGAACCAUAGAAUCAUUUCAUUAUGAAACAGACAUGAAAAGAAUUAGAUGCUGAUGUUUGUUGAUUUCCUAAAUUCAAACUAAAUAUGAUGAGAUCUCUCACAUUUGAAAAUGUUCUUGUGGCUCACUGUUGUCAUUAAAAAAGUAGAACCAUCAUGGAACUCUACAUCUCCCUGCUGAACUAUUAGCCACUGUCUCAAAAAUGAAAAACAAAAAUAAAGAAAGAAGGAAAUGUAAUUUAGUUAGGUAGUUAGAAAUUAGUAGACGAGAGUCACUGAGGAUGGGCCUUUCUCUUUUAAUCAAUGUCAUGCCUACUCUGUGAUAUUUCCUUGGGAACCAUGAAUGUCUGUUCACUUCAGAUAGGACACAGCUGACAGACCAAAGAAAUGAUUCCACCCAAAUCUGGAUUAGUGAAGCAGUAUGUUUAUGGGGAUUACUUACAGGAACUAUCCCCCAGGAAAGUUGUCUGUUCUGGGAACUUUAAGAAAUAUUUAUAACAUCUACUCAAAAAUGUAGGUUGCCCCACUGGUCCCCUCUCACCCUCUUCCACUUCCAGGGUGUUCCCUGUCCUAUGGCCCCUCUGCUAUUGUCCACUCUUGCUCCAUGGGGAUGUUUCCCUCUGCACUGGUCCUUUGAUAGUUGCUCAAUCUUAUCCCUUAUCACUCAUGUAACAAACUGUCCUCUACUAUGCUCUUUGAAUCUCUCUGAGUUACCUGACAGAGGCCACAAAAACCAGGGAGCAGAAGGGAGGCCAGAGCAAGAUCCCAGUAACAAUCUGAGCUUCUACAAAGCGUUGGAGAGCACAAUUUCUCCAAAUUAUGUGGCAUAAGAACCUAACAACCAAAAGAAAGAUUCUUAGAGAUAUCUGUCAAUAGAACAAAAUUUCUGUGAAAAUUAUACUCAUAACAACACAAUCAAAGAUUUUAAUAUGAAAUUAGAAAAUAAAUAUGGAAGGAUAUAUA